AUUGUCCAAAUUGGGAGAAAAAUCCUUUUGAAAUUAUGUUUACGUUCAAGCAGCCAUUUAGUUAUUUAGUAAAACCUUAAAACUAAAAUAAUAAUGUCUCAUCUGAAAAUAGUUGCGCGCGCAUCGUGUGCGUUUUUUGUUCGUCGAUCAGUCGAUACGAAGUAAAAAAUAGGCCUAGUAAAAAAGAGAAAGUUAUACUUAAGCGAAGAAAGAUAUAUUAACCAGCAGUAAAAGUGAAUGUUUAGGAAAAGAAAUAAAUUUACACAUUGGCAUUGUUCUUAUUUAUUAAUAGUGAACCGACUUUUUUAUUUUUAAAGAAAGAUCGGCGUUGAAUCGAUAAAAUGGUAGAAUACUUUUGUCCAAACGAAUGUAUCGUUUGCAAAAAGAGAACAACCCUAAAGAGAUGCAGUCGUUGUCGAAUGAUAUCGUAUUGCGGCGAAGAACAUCAAAAAAAUCACUGGCAGCUACACAAGGAAAUUUGUAAAGUAAUUUCCAAUUUAACAAAAGAGAAGAAACUCUCCCAUCUUUAUGAAGAUUUACGAGAUUCCACCUUAUCAACAUGGGUAGAUUCGAGAAAAACAAUGAUUUGUAAAGUAUUUACCCUGCUGGGUCGCCAACCGAAAAAUUGUGAAUUUGAAAUGUUACAAUAUCCUCGAGCCUGUUUCGUGUGUUAUGACUCUAAACAGGAGAAUUUAACAAAUUGCGCAAACUGUCCCCUGGUGUCUUUUUGCCAGAAGCAUUUAGAUACAUCUCUUCACGACGAAACAUGUGCGGAAUUAAUGUUAUGCCCAACUUUGGAGUUAGGAGAUUCUCAUCUUGGAGAUGUGUUGAAAAUUAUGAACCCAUCUAUAUUCGAUUUAUUAUCAACGAUGCCGAAGUUUAAAAAAUUGCCAACUUCAACGGAGGAAUAUUUGAAUCUACUCUUGAAAGCUGAUAUCAAAUUGACUUUAAAAGUCUACUCCUCGUUUCUCGUUGUCCAUCCAUUGACAGUUUUCGGCGUUCUUCAAAAAUUAAACAAAACUUCUUUAUCAAAACUGACGAUUUACAUUCAAAUGCAUGAGGAUUCUGACACAUCUAAUCAAUCAUUUGAAAAUUUGUUUCACUUGCUGCCGAAUUUAAAAGAAUUGAAGAUAGUAACUAACUUUGUUAUUGAAGAACUAGCUUCUGGAUUGUUGUAUCUUUGUCCAAAGUGCAAAUUAAGUAAACGAAAAAUAACAUUUCAGAUUUACAACGAACGAGAUUUCAAUGAGUCGAUCGAUCUUAUUGUUAUUUUGAAUUUAACUCCACCUGAUAAUUCGGGAUCGCAAUACAAAAUGUUUCGUCACGUUCGUCAUUUUUGUAGAAAAUUUACUUGUCCCGUGGUUUUAACGGCAAAUACAGAAUUGGGAAUUAGACAAGUAAGGAAUUAUUUCCAAUCAGUUUGUCACAAGCACACGAUUUUAUACGAUGGUCCGAAUAAUUUCUCGUCAUUGUUCUUUGGUAGAAAUUGGGAAGACUGGAAAGUGAUAAAAAAAUCACAAUUUAUGAUAAUCGCGGAAUCAACAAAAACUUAUACUGAGGAUAAUAACGACAUUUAUGAAAAACAAUUAUACGAAAGUAUGCAACUAGAAGAGAAAGAUAAACUACGCAAAAAUUAUCUUCGACUUCAGGAGAAAAUUGAUCGUUUGAUGAAUAAUGUUUCCGAAUUAAGUUUAAAAUAAACAUUAAUAAUUACUUUUUAGAUAAUAAUAUUAUCUAUACUAAAUGUUUGAUGUUACAAAAUCAGUCUUAGACUGCAUUAUGCGAAUAUAAUUUGCAAAAUAAAUUUAAUGUAAUUUAUUAUAAUUCAACAUUACAUAUUAAAUUUAUAAAUUCUUUCAAAGUCUGAACUAGUGAUUGUGUCAUUUUAAAGUAAGAAUUUUAAUUUAGGAAAAAUUAUAGAAUUAUAAAGAUAAUAAUUGUCCUCUCCCCUGAAAGGUUGAAUCCAGACUGAGACAGCGUUCCUUUUCUCAAACCGAAUUGAUUUUAUCCUUUAGGUGGUCACUAUCUAUAUUGAAGGUCUUUUAUAAUUCACACUCAUCUAUAAUAGUUUCUCGAUAAAAAUAAUUUUGUAUGUGACAAAAAUAAUUAUCUUAAAGAACAAUACCAGUCCGUGGAAUUGAAAAAUUAAAUAUUUAAAAAUAUUGCUUCAGAAACUAUUAAGAAUUUCUCCCUGUAAAGUGAAACAGUGAUUUUACCCUUAGAAUAAUUAUCUUACAGGUGACUGUAUAUUUUAUAUUUAGGGAUGAAUAGACCUGUCUGUUAGGGUAUCAUUUCAUUAGA